UCUUCUACCCGAACCCCCCCUCCCCCCCCAAGCAGAGAGACCCCAGCAGCAGCAGCAGCUGAUGAUGAAGAGAGAGGCAGUGGCAGAGGGGGGGCACCUUUUAUUUCUAUUUUUAAAGGGACAGGACACUAAUUUUACCCCACUUCAACCUUGAAUUGAGGGGGGUGGGGGGAAGGCGGCUGAGUUCCUUCCCCCACCCUCCAGCCCUGAGACCUGAGAGGGGGAUUGAGCCUGAGAGAGAAGGAGAAGGAGUUUCUUCUUCUUCGAAAAUCCCCAUCCACGACUCCUACCCCCUCACCCCUCCACUAGCCUCCCUCCCGAGCCCCCUCCAUCCUCCUCCUCUUUGGCCGUGAAAGGAGAGAAAGAGACCAAAAGCCUCUUAGCAACACAGACCCUUCGCUGCUGCUGCUGCUGCUGCUGCUGCUGUUGCUGCUGCUGCUGCUGCUGUUGCUGCUGCUGCUGCUACUGCUACUGCUGCUGCUGCUUGGCCCUGGCUGGAGACAUCUCACUACACCCGGGAGCAGCCACUUCCCCAGCUCUCCUCCUCCUUCGCCUCCUCCUCCUCCUCCACUCCCCCCCCUUUAUUACCCUUUGUGUCAUCCUCCACAGCUCCAGGGAAGGCACUCAAAAGUGGGGGGCAGGAAAGGAACAAGGUUGAUCUGGGCAUGAAGUUAAACAGGAUAUUGCUUUCAUCUACUUCAGCCAAAUUUCAAAGUCACUGACCUAAGAAAGACCUCCCCAUCUACUUUGAUAGAAAGCAGAGUUGAAAAUGCUUAGAAGUCAUCCCUUCUGCGGACAUUCUCCGAUCUUUUCAUUUUGCAUUAGGUGUACCUCCUCUGUGAACAUCUGUAGUAUCCUGUGCAUACUCAGGUGGUUUUCCUAAGGAAACACUGAACCAUGUUCCCUAUGACUUCUGUGUUAGAUGCUUAUUGAAGAUAACAGUUUCUGCGUAUGGGAAGUAGAUAUUGAAGGGUAUAUGGUUUACAGACAAGAUCUUUAAAAAAUAGACACUCAAGAGAGAAGAGGUACUCCUUUACAGGGACUCGUAAAGGCAUAGAGCAUCUAGAGAUUUACCACCUCCAUUACGCUGCUGGGUCUCACAGCACAUGUUAUGUUUUUAUCAGUUUCUCUCCAGAAGAAGGUUGGAAACCCAAGUGCCUACAGAGGCCAGGCUGGUGGGAAUGAAGCAGGAAGCCACUGCAGUGUACUGGAGAACCAAGUCCUUUCUGAAGGAGCAGCCACUGCUCCGUUCCAGAUAAUUGUUGCAAGGCAGGAAUGCUGACCUAGUGUUACCACAUUGUCCAGUUUCUCAGGCUACAUUAUUGGAAUUUUGAAGACAUGAAAACAUCAGAUGAACCAACCUGCAACAUCUUGGAUUCAGAUUGGAAGAUGAAGAGAAAGUUUAAAGAAUGUGGCCUAUAAAGGCGGGUAGUACCUGGAAAUAUUAACUGACUCACACUGUAAAAAUGAGAACAGUUUCUAAACAAUAGAGGUUAUUUUAGUCCAACAUCAAGGUUCAAGACAAAAUGUUGAACUAAAAACUUACACUCCUCCCCUCCCCCACUUCAGACAGGUACCAGCAUUGGUGAAUAUGAUUUUCCUUAGUCAGAAGCACUCGUUUUUACCCAUGUAGACCAUCCUUAGGAAUUAAAUAUUGAUUAUUUAAUGUAGAUUAUAAUGGGAAACUGAUUUUUUCUACAAUGGCAGAUUUCAAGGACUUGGUUCCAAACUGAGCCGAAGCUUCCCAAUGCAUUUUGUACAGUCUGGGGAAAACUGUGCUGCGUUGGCCAUUUUUGAAGGCCAGGAUGCCCUGUAAUAUAAGGAUAUCAUCUUAUUGCUGAUAUAUUUGGGGAGUCCCAAGCAGACACAGAAAAUGAAUGGAGGCAAAGAGUGUGACGGAGGGGACAAGGAUGGAGGUCUUUCAGCUAUACAAGUUCCUGUGGGUUGGCAGCGCCGUGUGGAUCAAAAUGGAGUGCUUUAUGUCAGUCCCAGUGGGUCUUUGUUAUCUUGCUUGGAGCAGGUUAAAACAUACCUGCUUACUGACGGAACAUGCAAGUGUGGCUUGGAAUGUCCUCUUAUUCUUCCCAAGGUGUUUAAUUUUGAUCCUGGAGCUGCUGUGAAACAGAGAACUGCAGAAGAUGUUAAAGCAGAUGAAGAUGUCACAAAGCUAUGCAUACAUAAAAGAAAAAUCAUUGCAGUGGCCACACUUCAUAAAAGCAUGGAAGCCCCACAUCCUUCUCUGGUGCUCCCCAGUCCCGGAGGAGGAACAAAUGCAACUCCAGUAGUACCUUCACGGGCAGCAACUCCAAGAUCUGUAAGAAAUAAGUCUCACGAAGGAAUUACAAAUUCUGUAAUGCCUGAAUGUAAGAAUCCUUUCAAAUUAAUGAUUGGAUCAUCAAAUGCCAUGGGAAGGCUAUAUGUACAAGAACUGCCUGGAAGCCAGCAACAAGAACUCCACCCUGUCUACCCCCGGCAGAGAUUGGGCAGCAGUGAACACGGACAGAAAUCUCCAUUCCGUGGCAGCCAUGGAGGCCUGCCCAGCCCAGCGUCAUCAGGUUCCCAGAUAUAUGGAGAUGGCUCAAUCUCUCCAAGGACUGACCCACUUGGAAGCCCUGAUGUUUUCACAAGAAAUAAUCCUGGUUUUCAUGGAGCUCCCAGUUCUAGUCCUAUUCACCUGAGUAGGACUCCUCUUUCUCCACCUUCAGUAAUGCUACACAGUUCUCCUGUACAGUCAUCCUGUGCAAUGGCUGGAAGGACUAAUAUACCUCUUUCCCCAACCUUGACUACAAAGAGUCCAGUAAUGAAAAAACCAAUGUGUAAUUUUUCAACUAAUAUGGAAAUACCACGAGCAAUGUUCCAUCACAAACUACCCCAAGGCCCACCUCCCCCUCCUCCACCUUCCUGUGCUCUUCAGAAAAAGCCAUUAACAUCUGAGAAAGAUCCACUUGGCAUUCUUGACCCUAUUCCUAGUAAACCAGUGAAUCAGAACCCUGUUAUCAUUAAUCCAACUAGUUUCCAUUCAAAUGUCCACUCUCAGGUACCUGUGAUGAAUGUAAGCAUGCCUCCUGCUGUUGUUCCUUUGCCAAGUAAUCUCCCUUUGCCAACCGUAAAACCUGGCCACAUGAAUCAUGGGAGUCAUGUACAAAGAGUUCAGCAUUCAGCUUCAACCUCCCUGUCCCCUUCUCCAGUGACAUCCCCAGUGCACAUGAUGGGGACUGGAAUUGGAAGGAUUGAGGCAUCGCCCCAAAGAUCACGCUCAUCUUCCACAUCAUCAGAUCACGGAAAUUUCAUGAUGCCACCUCUAGGACCCCAGGCCACUUGUAGUGGUAUUAAGGUUCCACCCAGGUCACCAAGGUCAACAAUAGGGUCCCCAAGGCCAUCAAUGCCAUCAAGCCCUUCUACCAAGUCCGAUGGACAUCAUCAGUACAAGGAUAUCCCUAACCCAUUAAUUGCUGGAAUGAGUAAUGUACUAAAUACCCCAAGCAGUGCAGCUUUUCCUACUGCAUCUGCCGGAAGUGGUUCUGUAAAGAGUCAGCCUGGUUUGCUGGGAAUGCCUUUAAAUCAGAUCUUGAACCAGCACAAUGCUGCCUCCUUUCCAGCAAGUAGUUUACUCUCAGCAGCAGCCAAAGCACAGCUAGCAAAUCAAAACAAACUUGCUGGUAACAACAGUAGCAGCAGUAGCAAUUCUGGAGCUGUUGCUGGCAGUGGCAACACUGAAGGACAUAGCACUUUAAACACCAUGUUCCCUCCUGCUGCCAACAUGCUUCUCCCAACAGGUGAAGGGCAAAGUGGUCGAGCAGCACUAAGAGAUAAGCUGAUGUCUCAGCAAAAAGACUCACUGCGGAAAAGAAAACAGCCACCUACCACAGUGUUGAGUUUGCUCAGACAGUCUCAAAUGGAUAGUUCUGCAGUUCCUAAACCCGGACCCGACUUGCUAAGGAAGCAGGGUCAGGGGUCGUUUCCCAUCAGUUCAAUGUCUCAGUUACUACAGUCUAUGAGUUGUCAAAGCUCUCACUUGAGUAGCAAUAGUAGCCCGGGUUGUGGGCGCUCAAAUACUGCUUUGCCUUGCUCUGCUAACCAGCUGCAUUUUACAGACCCCAGUGUGAACUCCAGUGGUCUUCAGAAUCCACUGACACAGGACGUACCUUUAAGAGGGGAAGCCGUGCACUGCCACAAUGCAAACACUAACUUUGUUCACAGUAACAGUCCAGUCCCAAACCACCAUCUUGCAGGUUUAAUAAAUCAGAUUCAGGCUAGCGGGAACUGUGGGAUGCUCAGUCAGUCGGGCAUGGCCUUAGGAAAUUCAUUACAUCCCAAUCCACCUCAGUCAAGAAUUUCAACGUCCUCCACUCCAGUGAUACCAAACAGCAUUGUUAGCAGCUAUAAUCAAACAAGUUCUGAAGCAGGCAGUUCAGGACCAUCAUCCUCCAUAGCCAUAGCUGGCACCAGCCACCCUGCCAUCACAAAGACAACAUCUGUUCUUCAAGACGGCGUCAUAGUCACCACCGCAGCUGGAAACCCACUGCAGAGUCAGCUGCCCAUUGGGAGUGAUUUUCCUUUUGUUGGCCAGGAGCACGCACUUCAUUUUCCAUCCAACAGCACUUCAAACAACCAUCUUCCACACCCCUUGAACCCCAGCCUCCUCAGUUCUCUACCUAUCUCUUUGCCAGUGAAUCAACAGCAUCUCCUAAACCAGAAUCUAUUAAAUAUCCUCCAGCCUUCAGCAGGAGAAGGCAAGUCUGAGAUCAACCUCCACCCUUUAGGUUUUCUCAACCCGAAUGUAAACGCUGCUUUAGCUUUUCUCUCCAGUGACAUGGAUGGGCAGGUAUUGCAGCCUGUUCACUUUCAACUCUUAGCAGCCCUGCUUCAGAACCAAGCCCACGCAGCUGCCAUGCUUCCCCUGCCAUCUUUCAAUCUGACCAUCUCAGAUCUUUUGCAACAGCAAAAUACCCCUUUACCCUCAUUAACACAGAUGACAGCCCCACCAGACCAUUUGCCAAGCAAUCAGUCAGAGAACAGCCGAGCUGAGACCCUUUUAACCAGCCCCCUGGGGAACCCUUUACCAAGCUUUGCAGGCAGUGACACUACUUUUAACCCCCUGUUCCUCCCAGCUGUCACUGGGGCCUCAGGAUUAAUGGCCUUGAAUCCCCAGCUGUUGGGAGGUGUCCUGAACUCGGCAUCGGCCAACACCGCUAAUCAUCCAGAGGUUUCCAUAGCAACUUCUUCCCAGGCAACCACUACCACAACCACUACAUCAUCAGCAGUGGCAGCACUGACUGUCUCAACACUUGGUGGGACAGCAGUGGUGUCAAUGGCAGAAACAUUGCUGAAUAUAUCUAAUAAUGCUGGGAAUACACCUGGUCCAGCUAAACUGAACAGUAACUCUGUGGUGCCACAGCUACUUAACCCUCUACUGGGGACAGGUCUGCUUGGUGACAUGUCCUCAAUAAACAGUACUUUGAAUAACCAUCAACUGACUCAUCUACAGUCGCUGUUAAACAACAAUCAGAUGUUUCCUCCAAAUCAGCAACAGCAGCAGCUUCUUCACGGGUACCAGAAUCUCCAGGCUUUUCAAGGACAGUCCACAAUUCCUUGCCCAGCUAACAAUAACCCCAUGGCUUGUCUGUUUCAGAACUUUCAGGUGAGAAUGCAGGAAGAUGCAGCUCUCCUAAACAAAAGAAUAAGCACUCAGCCGGGGCUCACAGCACUUCCCGAAAAUCCAAACACUACACUUGCACCUUUCCAAGAUACAUCUUGUGAGUUGCAAUCGCGGAUUGACCCAUCUCUUGGUCAACAGGUGAAGGAUGGCCUCGUUGUGGGUGGCCAAGGUGAUGCUUCCAUAGAUGCUAUUUACAAAGCAGUUGUUGAUGCAGCCAGCAAAGGAAUGCAGGUUGUCAUCACCACUGCAGUCAACAGUACAACUCAGAUCAGCCCCAUUCCAGCUCUGAGUGCCAUGAGUGCCUUCACUGCUUCAAUUGGUGACCCAUUAAGUCUCCCCAGUGCUGUCAGUGCGGUCAUUCAUGGACGAAACAUGGGCAGUGUUGAUCAUGAUGGUAGGCUGAGAAGUGUAAGAGGGGCUCGGCUGCCCAGCAAUCUGGACCAUGGGAAAAACUCAAACGAAGGAGAUGGGUUUGAAUAUUUCAAGUUGGCAAGUUGCCACACAUCUAAAAAACAGUGGGAUGGGGAGCAAAGCCCUGGAGGGGAGCGAAACAGGUGGAAGUGUGAGGAAUUUUUAGAUCAUCCAGGCCAUAUCUACAAUAGUCCUUGUCACGAAAGACCCAACAAUGUCUCUACACUGCCAUUUCUGCCUGGGGAACAGCACCCAAUACUGUUACCACCAAGAAACUGUCAAGGGGAUAAAAUUCUGGAGGAAAAUUUCAGGUAUAAUAACUACAAAAGAACUAUGAUGAGUUUUAAGGAGAGACUAGAGAACACUGUGGAAAGAUGUACACACAUCAAUGGGAACAGACCUCGACAGAGUCGGGGCUUUGGAGAGCUUCUGAGCACCACAAAGCAAGACCUGGUCCUAGAGGAGCAAUCUCCGAGCUCCUCAAAUAGUUUGGAAAGUUCUCUGGUCAAAGACUACAUCCAUUACAAUGGAGACUUUAAUGCCAAAAGCAUUAACGGGUGUGUACCUAGCCCUUCAGACGCUAAAAGCAUUAGUAGUGAAGAUGACUUAAGGAAUCCAGACUCCCCCUCUUCAAAUGAAUUGAUACAUUAUAGGCCAAGGACGUUCAACGUUGGCGACUUGGUCUGGGGCCAAAUCAAAGGACUGACUUCCUGGCCUGGAAAAUUAGUAAGAGAAGACGACGUUCACAGUUCUUGUCAACAAAGCCCCGAGGAAGGGAAGGUGGAGCCCGAGAAGUUGAAGACACUAACAGAAGGUUUAGAAGCUUACAGCCGAGCCCGGAAAAGGAACAGAAAAAGUGGAAAGCUAAAUAACCAUUUAGAAGCUGCUAUUCAUGAGGCCAUGAGUGAACUGGACAAAAUAUCUGGGACUGUUCACCAAAUCCCACAGGGAGACAGACAAAUGAGACCCCCCAAACCCAAGAGGAGGAAGAUCUCCAGAUAACAGGGACUACUCCAGCAGUGCGCAGUGUUUAUGAAAGGAAUGUGCACAGAUAUAGCUGUAUAUAAGUAUUGAUAUAGCCACUGUUAUAUCAAUAUUUAUACUAUGGCAGAUAGUUAACACCGCCACAGGGUGCUAAAAGAAACAGUGAUACAAUAUGUUUUUUUUUUUUGAUCAGGAAGGAUAAUGAAUGCUGGAAAACCAAUCAGAAUCCCUG